AAUGGGAAACCGCAUUGGAAAAAUCUGUGUGUAGGUUCCGUUUCGGGGAUCUUUAGUGGACGGGAUCUUCGUGUGCUUUCUCUCUUCCCCUUCUUCUUCUUCUUCAUCUUCUUCUCUCCCUGUGGUUUUUUUCCUGUGUUGGUGGUGGUUCUGCUUGUGGGGAGGGCCUAAUGGGGAGGAGGAGGAGCUCAAGGAACCCGGUGAACGUCCUGUUCAGCUGGGUUAGGAAGCAGUCCAUCAAAGUCAACAUUUUUCUGGGUGUAACCACCGUGGUGGCUAUUCUUCUGUUUCUGCGGCUUCUGGUGAAAGAUCACAAUCAUUUCUUUGUUGCAUCGGAAGCCAUUCAUGUGGUUGGGAUCAUGAUCCUUGCAUAUAAGCUCCUGACCUUAAAGACUUGUUCAGGUCUUUCACUGAAAUCACAGGAGCUCACUGCUAUAUUCCUGGCUGCAAGAUUGGUGUGUAGUUUUGCCAUGGAAAAUGACAUUCACACUGUUCUUGAUGGUGCAACUCUCAUUUCAACACUUUGGAUUAUCUAUAUGAUGAGAUUCAAACUAAAGUCCACCUACAUCAAAGAAUUAGACAGCAUGCCCUUGUACUACACAGUUGUUCCUGCUACAUUGCUUGCUGUAUUUGUGCACCCACAUACAAGGCAUUCCAUUUUGUACAGAAUCAUUUGGGCCUUUUGCGUCUAUCUGGAAUCAGUUUCUGUCUUGCCUCAGUUGCGCCUGAUGCAAAAUGCAAAGAUGGUCGAACCAUUUACUGCUCAUUAUGUUUUUGCAUUGGGUGUAGCCAGAUUUCUGGGUUGUGCUCACUGGAUCCUUAGGGUCAUCGAAUAUGGUCCCGCCUAUCUCCUACUUGCAGGAAGCGGGUACUAUUUCUGGUACUUGUGGGGGCCUAUGGUUGUCAUAGCAGAGAUUGUCCAGACAGCUAUUCUUGCUGAUUUCUGCUACUAUUACGUUAAAAGUGUCAUAGAUGGGCAGUUGUUGAUGAGGCUCCCCUCGAUGGUUUAAUAUGAAGCCACGAGUGAUGAACUGAAGACUGAAGAUGGUUUGAAGUAAUUUAGACAAAAAAUUCUCAAAUGUCGAUGUGACCAUGUUUAUGAUCAAAUAGCUUGUUUCUUUGCCCUUUC